AUGAUCGAAAAGGGAAUCGAGCUGAUAAGGCAACUUGGGCGUUGCUGGAAGACGUUACAGUUGCACGAGAUGCAGUACGUUUAUCUUGAAACAUGGAAUAAUUUCUUUGUGAGUCAGUCCAGGAAUCACGUGUUAUCAGCUGGGAGGAGUUGGCGAAUUAUCUUCGGGUGAUCAUGAUUAUCAUUCGUAGUUGAAAUCAAGAAGUUGCAAUUCGAAAAAGGUGAAUCACGAAUAUUUGCUGGAAAAAAGUGACGUGCGCGACUAGAAUCUACCGAAAAAUACAAUUUUGCUAUUGCGAACUCUGAAAAAAGUGGAUCAUGUUUGCACAAAAACUGAGACGUCAGAUCAUGUGCCCACAACAUAGAUUUGAUGUUUUAUCGCAGAGCAAACAGCUAAGACAACAAAUUCGGUUAAGAAACUUAAAACUGUGUACAAUGAAAAACUUGCACAUUUUGAAACAUCAUAUCAACAGUACCUAAUUUCUGAACUCCUAAUUCUUGCAACGAACAUGUUUUUCAAACUCUUCCUUUAUAUCUUUAGCAUGUUGAUAUGUGUACACUUUCACUUAACACGGAAACGUGCUUCUACUUAUCAUAUAUGUUCAGAAAUAGAAAUUUGCAACAUCCGGAAGGAAACUAUCAACGUCAAGAAGAAGAAAUUCUGGAACAGAAGAAGAUAGAUUAAAAAAAAGCACGAUUAGAGUGUGCUUGACAUAUGCAAAUACGCGUACGAGUGAACUUUAGCCCGAUUGGAACUGGCAGACAGUAUUAACUCUUGUUCUCUUUCACUUCCAGUCAAACUUUAUAUACUUUUGCAGUCCCUUUUUGUUGUGAAGUGUCCGUUGAUUGUGUAUUCUUUAUUCCAACCAAUGUUUUGGAAUAACGUAUUUCGGAUGACACACUGGGAACAUCAUGCUUUUCUCUUUUUUCUAUUCCGAUGCUGCAAAAACGUGGAAAUUAGAGUAAAAAAAGGGAAAAUGAAAGUGCAAACUCUAACUCGGCUCGUAAUUGUAUUUGUUAGCGGGGCGCGCAGAGAUCAGAAAGAUUCGCGAGCCAGCAUGUGACCGACUUAUUCGAACAUUGUUUCCGACUCUCACUUUGACUCUGUUUCAGAAAUAUCGUUUUCAAUUCUCCGGCCGAGUUCUCCAAUUUCUCGCCCAUUUCUUUUUUGAAAUCCGAAGCACCCGCCUCCUCGUCCGUCACUUUCGCCGCCUUCGUCCUUCCGCUCAUUUCCGACCGGAGUUUGUGAAUAAUUAACAAGCCGGCUUUCCGGAAGCCUCCAAACUCUUUUAUACCUUGUCUGGCGUGGUUCGUCCUUUGGUCUUACCGUAGUCGCGCACUCUAGAUAUUGUUGUUUAUUUUGAUAGAAACAUAAUGGUCGCGCACCACACUUGAGAGUUCGUCUCAUUUAAAAACUUCAGGUAACGAAAGAAUAAAAUGUGUUAUUAUUAUUAUUAUUAUUAUCAAAUGUGAUUGCAUGACGUAUUCGUCUUCUUCUUCUCCUUCUUUUUCUUCAUGAUUCAGUUCAUUCGCAUACAGCUUAAGAAAAGUCGCUCUGAGCAAACAAGUUUUGCUUUUCCAUCCCAGUCAAGCUCAAACGUUUUGCUUAAGAUACAUUUCUCCUUCUCCUUAUGUGUGUGUGCCUAGAUGAUGAUGGAAAGUUCCGUCUGAACACAGAAAAACCAUUCCACCCCCUCAUCCUAAAUAAGCUGGUCUCAUUUUCGAAUCCAUCAUUGUAAAACAAACAUGACACACAAAUGGGCAGAGAAAAUCCCAACCAAACAUUGUGCUUUAAGCGUGCUUGUUGAAUGAGUGAACAUCUCUUUAUGACCCCGAACAGACACCCUUUAAUUUCUCUGGAUAUUUUAUUUUUCUUCCUUCCUUCUUUCUAUUGGGCAUGCAUGGGACAGGCAGGUCCACACAUUUCCAGCAGGGUCCCUUCCUCUGUGUUGGGUUACCUAAAAAACAACAAAGCACGAGGGCAUUCCGGAGAAGGAUAUAUUUUUUGUCGGCGCCCCGAUUCAUUCAUUAUUUAAGACAAUUUCGUGUUCUGAGUUUUCAGACUAUUUCUAACUUUGGCCGGCCUUCACUUCUAUUUUGGAUCUCUCUUGCGCACAUUCUCUCUGAUUCUCGUAAUUGCCAUUCGUUUUCCUUUCAGUUUGAAUUUCUGAAUUUCAGAGUUUCCUAAUGUAAAAUGGCAGAUAAUUAUGGUCUCUUUUUUCCAAGUCAUUCGUUGGUUUGCUACCAUGAACCUCGAAUUCAUGAUCACGAACUUUACUUCCAACUUCGAAAUCUCAAUUUGCUCCUUCUUCUUCCCAUUGCUCUCAUUGGAAUUCUUUGCAAUGCGUGUGCCAUGGUGAGUCACACUGACCUCCCUCUUGUCCGAAAAGUGUCAAAAAUGGAAGAGAGAAAGUGAGAGAGGCAUCGAAAUUUGAUCCGCAAGAAACAUUUUCACAAUCACCGCCUGGCACACUGUUCGCGGCGCCGCGUAUUUGGUAACAACCAAACACGCAUGACUCGCCGGCCGAGACUAUUGAGGUCAGGGUGUGAGAAACGGAAUCGGAAACGGGAAAAAUGAUGAUGUGACGGAGCAGAACACAUUUCCAGGUUUCAUUGUACCGCCCGCCAAAGAUCACAUCUGGAGUGUUUGUCUAUUUGAAAGCCCUUCUACUUCUGGAUCAUGUGAUGCUCACGACGACGUUGGCUGCGGAGUUCUUUCCGCAGAUUUGCGAUCAGCAUCACAUGAAAAAUCACACUUUCUAUACCGCGUGUAUGUUCGAGCGUCGUUUUCUCAAAUACACAAUGCCUAGGUAAUUUGUGAAACAAAAACAAAACACUUGAGAACUUAUUCGUACUUUUGAUUGUUCAGAGUUGAAAUCACCAUCCACACUCUUCAUGUUUGGACAAUUGCCACGUUGUCCGCUCAUCGCUACUGGAAGGUAUUUACAUGAACUAAUAAUUCGGGAUGGCAGGCAUUUCGGUCUAUUUUCAGAUCUCACGACCAAUGAUCGCGCGUCUUCGUGACACGGUCAGUCGUGCGCGUUCCAUGCUGAUCAUCAUGUUCUGCCUCGUUCUCUUCUUUCGGAUGCCAAUAUUCCUGCUGGAGCUUGAAAUUCGAGCACACCCACAACUGCGAAUUAACAAGCGGAUAGCCACAACGGAGGUAGGGGUCACGUGAGGUGUUAAUUGAAAGUUCCAAUAGGAAAUGCAAUACGCAUGUUUUUGUGCGUCCGGGUGGGCGCAAAUCCAAUACACAAAAACAGAAGCGCGGCCGGCAAAACAUGAUCUGAAAGUUUGAUCAAACAUGGCUUCUGAUGGCUUAGCUCAUUGUUUCCUCGAAUAUUCCAGAUUCUGUCUACCUACCGCUUCGUCUACCACUCGAUCCUUGAUCCCUUGUUCUUUAAUAUUGUACCGUUCCUGUGGAUGUGCCUCUUCUCGCUGUUGACUCUUUAUGAAAUCUACAAGAGCCGUCACAACACCUAUCAGCAUCUGGCGUUUGAUCAUCCCAAACAUACAAGUGUCACGUAUGUGUGAAGUUUCAGAAUUCUAAAUAUAUACGCUUUUGCAGACAUCCAUUAGCAGGAUGUUUUCCCAAAAAAGCAGAACUAAUCCGACAGAAGCAAGAACUGCGAGCCACUUUCUCAAUUGUCGCAAUUAUCCUUUUGUACUUGUGCUUCCACUCACUCAAGCUCUUCUCGGUUGCUCGGAAAUGGCAGUUGUUGGUGCGAAGGGAAUGCCCGACAAGGUCUGUAAAUCCCUCUCCAAAUCCCCUAUGCAUUCGCUUUUUCAGAAGAGACUACUACCAUUCGCAUCUCUCUGACGUCUUGAGCAUGAUUUCCGCUUCAGUGAACGCAUUCGUGUUCAUAGCGUUCACCAACCGCCUCAAAAAGUAUAUCCGGCUGCUGUUGCGGAAAACAUCUCGGACCCUUUCAAACUCGAGCGACCCGCCGAUGAGCCCUAAGACUGUGACGUCAAUUGAGAGCAGUUGCAAUCAUUUUAACUUGAACAUUUGA